AUGGUUGAAAAUCGAUUUUCGAAUGUCUAUACACAACAUACCAAUUAUUCGUAUAUUGAAGAACAAAAUGAAGAACGAACACAACAACUUGUUUCACAAGUAAAAGAACUUAAAACUGUUGUUAUAGAAAUUCGUAAUGAGACUAGACGUCAAAAUGAAGAUCUUAAGGAAUAUCACGAAGCUAUUAAUCAUGCAAGUGAUCUUGUUAAUCACACACGUCGACGUGUACAAUUACUAUUUAAAAGUGGUAGUUGGAAAAUUUAUUAUUAUUUAAUACUUUUUUCUUUAUUCAUUUUUCUUGUCAUUUAUUUAAUUAUUAAAUGA